UAUAGUCAUCAUCUAGGAAUAGCGGACACCCCCCUAUACCAUAAAUUGAAGGUGUGGCUGAAUUCUAAACCAACGUCGUUCGGCCAUUUCCUCAUACAAACUUUCUUGUUUCUGGCCGAGAUCAACUCGAGAAUUGUUUAAUUUACCUAAGAUAGAUAAUUGUUAUAAAGAAUGGCUGCUAUACGUAAAAAGCUGGUCAUCGUAGGAGAUGGUGCCUGUGGUAAAACUUGUCUUUUAAUUGUAUUUUCCAAAGAUCAAUUUCCAGAAGUAUAUGUGCCUACAGUCUUUGAAAAUUAUGUUGCCGACAUUGAAGUUGAUAGCAAACAAGUUGAGUUAGCCUUGUGGGAUACAGCUGGCCAAGAGGAUUACGACAGACUUCGUCCUCUAUCGUACCCUGACACUGAUGUCAUACUUAUGUGCUUCUCGGUUGAUAGUCCAGACAGUUUAGAGAACAUCCCAGAGAAAUGGACGCCAGAAGUCAAGCAUUUCUGCCCCAACGUCCCAAUUAUACUGGUUGGUAACAAGAAAGAUUUGAGAAAUGAUGAAAAUACCAAAAGAGAAUUAGCUAAGAUGAAACAAGAACCAGUAAAAACUGAAGAAGGAAGAGCUAUGUCAGAAAAGAUUGGUGCUUUUGCAUAUAUGGAGUGUUCUGCUAAGACCAAGGAAGGCGUUAGAGAAGUAUUCGAGACUGCAACAAGAGCAGCUUUACAAACCAAGAAAAAGAGGGGAAGGAAAUGUGUACUUGUAUAAUUGGUUGUUGAUGCUGUUGGACUUGUUUGAACUUUCUAUAUGGACUCUUUAAAUCAGCAACCACAAUAGUUAUUGGAUUAGAAUACAUCCAUAGGAAAGACUGUUCUAUUCCAGAAUUAAAGUCACUCUAGUCCAGCAAACAAUAUCCUUUCAUAACGAUUGCCAUAUUUGAAAACAAUUAUUAAGGUUUUGUAUCUAAAUUGUCUUCAAAUUUCAUUGUAAUGGUGUACAUCGAUGCUCUCUAUUGAUAGUAAGCCAUUGCUAUAGUCUAACAAGUAACAUGGAUUUUUUUCUUUUUGUGCAAAAAAAAAUAUUAUAAAUGUGGCCCUUUUCUUCCUAAUAAUUCAUUCCAAAGAUCAGUAUUUUAAUAGCAUAUCUUCCAGAUUUGUAAAAAAGUAAAAAAGUGGCUCUUAAUUACAUAUUCCUUGCAAGCUCAGGGCAUUAUUCAAUGAAAAUUAGAGUAUUAGUCUAGAUUGUAAUGCUAAAUAGAGUAAUUGAAAUUCCUUAAUGUAUCUCACAAUGUAGAAACAAAUGUCCACUUGAAAGUAA